CUUCUACUAUGAUUAAAUGAUGUCAUAUGUGAAAAAGUUUAUGGGUCGUCCUCAGUCUAGUAAUAGUGAUGGAGAAAAAGUAAUGAAUAUUUGGAUCAAACUAGUUUUAAAAUGUAAAUUUGAAAACGUAGUACUCAUACCACAUGAUUGAUGUUGUACUUCAUGUGACAGAAUUAGCUYAUCUCACUACCAUGGAGAAGUUGGAUUUAAGUGAUAAUAUGCUCGAUGGCACACCAAGUAUUCAAGAUUGUAGAAGAUUAUCAAGAUUGAAAAAGUUGGAGAGUAUAACUCUUCGCAAUAACAACUUCAACAAUAGCAUCAUUUCAUGCUUAAGUACUAUUACAUUCCUCAAGACUCUUGAUCUUGCAUACAACUCAUUAAGAGGUUCCUUCCCCAUCCAAGGUAUGUUYUUAAAUACAAAAAGUCAUCUUUACUUGUAAUACCCUGAAAGCGGGUUUGAGAGCUCACCUACCCUUUUAAGAGCUUUCCUGAUUUCUCACUUUCCCACCCUUCACUACAUAACCACCAACACUCCAUGUUUUUUAGAAAAAAAAAACAUUGAUGGCUAAAGGGUGAAGAGUUCACUUAACCCAUUUUGCAAACUCUGUGGYUAUUUGUAAAAAGUUUGAAAUGUGAUGAAACGCGUUUUAAAAUGGCUAUUUUAGUGAUUAACUUUUACUGUUAUCUAUUAAUCUGACAUUCUAAUUUUCUAUUUGUGUGCAAAAUCAUUUGGGUUGAAAGAGUUGGAGACACUUGACUUGAGCCAUUGUGACCUUGAGUCACCCACAUUUAAUGGUUGGAUUGUUAAAAAGUGUUCAUAAAAAAAAAACUGCCACAAUGUACGAUAUUUAUAAGGACUAUGUGAUGAACAAAAUUAAGAACUUCAUUUGUCAUGUUCAGUUUUUGUUACAUACAUCGAUUAUCGAGUAACGAUUAUCGUAUGAAUAUUUGGAUCAAACUUGUGGAACAUGAUUAAUUUAUGCUUUAUUUCACGUGRCAGAAUUAGCCCAUAUGACUAACUUGGAGGAGUUGGAUUUAAGCUGGAAUUUUGGGUUCAAUGACACACCAAGUAACCAAGAUUGUAGAAUAUUAUCAAGAUUGAAAAAGUUGGAGAGUGUGAAUCUUGACCAUAACWACUUCAACAAUAGCAUCAUUUCAUGCUUAAGUACUAUUCCAUUCCUCAAGACUCUUGAUCUUUCAUGGAAUUGGUUCGGAGGUUCCUUCCCCAUCCAAGAAUUAGCCCAUAUGACUAACCUCGAGAAGUUGGAUUUAAGCUCGAACGGGUUCAAUGACACACCAAGUAUCCAAGAUUGUAGAAGAUUGUCAAAACUGAAAAAGUUGGAGAGUGUAACUCUUUCCUAUAACUACUUCAACAAGACCAUCAUUUCAUGCUUAAGUGCUCUCUCAUCCCUCAAGACUCUUGACCUUUUAGAGAAUUAUUUGCUAAGAGAUUCCUUUCCCAUCCGAGGCAUGUUCGAAAAGACUAAAUUUAAUCUUUAGUAUCAUCAAUUACUUUUGUCAUUCUAAUUUUCCUUUUAUAUGCAGAAUUAUCUGGCUUGAAAGAGUUGGA